GGAACUUCUCUCCUACUUGGAGUCAGUUUUUUGUUACUGGUGUUUCGUAUCCUAAUGCCUGCCCGUUGGGCCUUUUCUUUCAGCACCUUCCCCUCCUCCUGCCAGUGAUUUUCUGUUCACCUCCCUGGGGCUGAUUGCCAAGGUUCAGGGAGGGUAGUUAAGGGUCAGGUGUUGCAUAAAUCUUCCGUGGCUGAGGUCUGCUGGCCUGAAGAGGCUGCCGCCCGCCCUCCUGGUUUCCGCAUGAGAGCUCUCUGCCCAGGGCAGCAGAAGUGUGGGACGAAAUGUUUCCCUUCGGGGAACUUUCCCCGGAGGCACAGAAUGGGACCUUCUUGGUUUUGCCAAGAAUGUUCCUGGCCAGCUUCCUCCGGCCCUUCUAAAAACCUCCUGGGGGCCAACGGAGAAGCUGGCCUGCUGGGAGGGCCUGGGCAGGGUGGAGGCUCCUCCCAUCCUCCUGCACCUGCUGCGUGUCUUUCCCCUUCUUCCCUCCCGCUUCCAGCCCAGCCGCCUCCCAGGAAAGCAGACAUGCAGAGGCGAGGGCCAGCCACCGCCUUCCUGGAGGAGGUGGUAGAGGGCCAGAUUCCCGACAGCCCCGUGGUGAGGUCAUCUCGUCUCCACCAGCUGGGCCCUUUCGAUGGAGGCAGCUAUGCCGUCCAUGACUCCCGGGCCCCCAGUCUAGGCUCAGGGGGUGAGAGUCCCCCAUCGAGCCCCACCGGACACAACUGGGAGAUCAACUAUCAAGAGGCAGCAAUCUACCUCCAGGAAGGCGAGAAUAAUGACAAGUUCUUCACCCACCCCAAGAACGCCAAAGCGCUGGCGGCCUACCUCUUCGCACACAACCACCUUUUCUACCUGAUGGAGCUGUCCACGGCCCUGCUCCUGCUGCUGCUCUCCCUGUGUGAGGCCCCCGCCGUCCCCGCACUCCGGCUCGGCAUUUACGUCCACGCGACCCUGGAGCUGUUCGCCCUGAUGGUGGUUGUCUUUGAGCUCUGCAUGAAGUUGCGGUGGCUGGGCCUCCACACCUUCAUCCGACACAGACGGACCAUGGUCAAGACCUCCGUGCUGGUGGUGCAGUUCAUCGAGGCCAUCGUGGUGCUGGUACGGCAGACAUCCCACGUGCGUGUGACCCGGGCUCUGCGCUGCAUUUUCCUCGUGGACUGUCGGUACUGCGGCGGCGUCCGGCGCAACCUGCGACAGAUCUUCCAAUCUCUGCCACCCUUCAUGGACAUUCUCCUGCUGCUGCUCCUCUUCAUGCUUAUCUUCGCCAUCCUUGGUUUCUACUUGUUCUCCUCUAAUCCUUCGGACCCCUACUUCAGCACCCUGGAGAACAGCAUCGUCAGUCUCUUUGUCCUUCUGACCACAGCCAAUUUCCCAGAUGUGAUGAUGCCCUCCUACUCCCGGAACCCCUGGUCCUGUGUCUUCUUCAUCGUCUACCUCUCCAUCGAGCUGUACUUCAUCAUGAACCUGCUUCUGGCCGUGGUGUUCGACACCUUCAAUGACAUUGAGAAACGCAAGUUCAAGUCUCUGCUGCUGCAUAAGCGAACCGCCAUCCAGCAUGCCUACCGCCUGCUCGUCAGCCAACGGAGGCCCGCCGGCGUCUCCUACAGGCAAUUUGAAGGCCUGAUGCGCUUCUACAGGCCCCGGAUGAGUGCCAGGGAGCGCUAUCUGACUUUCAAGGCCCUGAAUCAGAGCAACACAUCUCUGCUCAGCCUGAAGGACUUUUAUGAUAUCUACGAGGUUGCUGCCUUGAAGUGGAAGGCAAAGAGAAACAGGGAACAUUGGUUUGAUGAGCUUCCCAGGACAGCGUUCCUCAUCUUCAAAGGAAUUAAUAUCCUUGUGAAGUCCAAGGCCUUCCAGUAUUUCAUGUACUUGGUGGUGGCCGUCAACGGGGUGUGGAUCCUCGUGGAGACCUUCACGCUGAAAGGUGGGAACUUCUUCUCCAAGCAUGUGCCCUGGAGUUACGUCGUCUUCCUGACGAUCUACGGGGUGGAGCUGUUCCUGAAGGUUGCUGGCCUGGGCCCCGUUGAGUACCUGUCCUCCGGGUGGAAUCUGUUCGACUUCUCUGUGACCGUGUUUGCCUUCCUGGGACUGCUGGCUCUGGCCUUCAACAUGGAGCCCUUUUAUUUCAUAGUGGUCCUGCGUCCCCUCCAGCUGCUGAGGUUGUUCAAGCUGAAGAAGAGGUACCGCAACGUGCUGGACACCAUGUUUGAGCUGCUGCCGCGCAUGGCCAGCCUGGGCCUCACCCUGCUCAUCUUCUACUACUCCUUCGCCAUCGUGGGCAUGGAAUUCUUCUGUGGCAUCCUCUACCCCAACUGCUGCAAUACCAGCACAGUGGCCGACGCCUACCGCUGGCUCAAUCACACCGUGGGCAACAGGACUGUUGUGGACGAAGGCUACUAUUAUCUCAAUAACUUUGACAACAUCCUGAACAGCUUCGUGACCUUGUUCGAGCUCACAGUUGUCAACAACUGGUACAUCAUCAUGGAAGGUGUCACCUCUCAGACCUCCCACUGGAGCCGCCUGUACUUCAUGACUUUCUACAUCGUGACCAUGGUGGUGAUGACGAUCAUCGUGGCCUUCAUCCUCGAGGCCUUCGUCUUCCGAAUGAACUACAGCCGCAAGAACCAGGACUCGGAAGUUGACGGAGGCAUCACCCUGGAGACGGAGAUCUCCAAAGAGGAGCUGGUUGCCGUCCUGGAGCUCUACCGGGAGGUGCGAGGAGCCACCUCGGAUGUCAGCCGGCUGCUGAAGGUCCUCUCUCAGAUGGAGAGACACGAGCAAAACUCCGUGGUGUUUCUGGGGCGGAGAUCGAGGACCAAAAGCGACCUGAGCCUAAAGAUGUACCAAGAGGAGAUACAGGAGUGGUUCGAGGAACAUGCCCGUAAGCAAGAGGAACAGCGGCGACAGCUCAGCGGCAGCCGCCAGGCCCCCUCCACCCCGCAGCUCCCAGGCAGCCGCCAGCGCUCCCAGACCAUCACCUAACCCCAGCCUGCGGCAGCCAUCCCUUCUAUGCAAUAACACAAUAGUAUUAUUUUACUACGAUGUAUUGAAGAAAAAAAAAAGGUGUGUGUGUGUGUGCACGCGUGCGUGCACACGCGCGCACGCACACACACCCAUAUAUAUGCACAUAUUUAUAUAUAGGAAGAGAAAAAGACAAGACGGGGUUUGCUGUGCAACCACCUUGCCCUGUCUUCCUUAACCCCAGAAGUCACUUUGGUUUGGGGGGCGGUCAGGCCACCGUGAGCUCUUCCUAAUGUGGAAAGUUCCAGAAGGCCUCUUCAGAAGAAGAGCACUUGGAUAGAUCCUGCCGAUCUCUGCAGGGCUCGCCUUCAAAGUGGGCCAGCCCCUCCCCAGGCCAGAGCCAGACCGUCUUCCCGAUGCUGCUCUCACACUCACGUCCCAGCUGACAGCUUCCCCAGUAACUUUCCCUGUGGCCCGCGUCACAGGGUUUCUGUGCCCUGCUUUAGGGACGAAACCACUUAGGAUGGAAAGAACCUACAUCCUCGGGGUUAGUAUUUCUAUAUAUAUGAUAAUGUAAUAGAACAUUCCUUUGGGCGAGCAGUGCCUAGGUCCUAAUGGGAAGAGUAAUCAAGGGGUGUGAUUAUACCCGUGUGGUCAGAUCCCAAUUAGCCGGCGCUGGGCAGCGCGAGAUUGUGCGAAUUUCACAUCCUGGCUCUGUAAGCCUUCUCUCCCACAUCCCACGCUUCCUUCGGUUUAACCCUUGUUGCUGCAAAUCCUGACAUGGCCUCCUUGAGAACCUCGGCCCGGCGGGGGGAGGAAAGCGAGAAGAGGCCAGGCUGACGGCUACCACCCCGGACCAGUUCCCGAGAUGGGCUUUCUCCACCAAGUCCCUUUUCCUUGCGAGCGUCUCGUUCAAGCAGAGACACAUCUUGGGUACAGCGGCAGCCCCUUCACAUCGUGCAUUAGGUUCUGCUGCUGGGAAGGGGCCUACAGGGACGUCCACAGCAGCCCUGUGGCUGGGCCCCUGCCAGUCCACGUGGACCGCUCCCCCCGCGCCUUGAGCAGUCACCUCCGUGGACUGGACCGAGGCCAGAACGGGGGCGGGGCGGGGGGCGGGUGGUGCACAAGUAGGUCGGGUUGAGCGCUCCGUUAACCGAGCCCCCCUGUGUCUCGUGGGAGUGCUCGCUGAGGUCGGCAUGGCUGGGGCAGGACCGGUGCUCGAAUGCAGAGAAGGCAGUUGGGGGGCCGCUUCAGUGGGCGCGGCAGAGGCGGGGUCAGAGCACAGGGACCUCCAAGGUCAGCUUUCCUGGGCUGCCGACCCAGCCUGGGCUUCCUGCCCCUCCCCCGGCUUCCCAGCUGCCUCCACUGCCUUCCAGAACUUAGGAAGGUGGGUGGGCAGAAGGUCCCCGGCCUGAUCCCAGGGGUGCCAUACUGGCUCGCCCCCUUCCCCCCGUCUCUCCCCGGCCAUCCGCAAGGCCAAGCCUUCUCAGGACGGCCCUGAUGACGCUGCACAGCUGUGCCCCUCCUGGGGGGGUGGCGUGGGGGGGGGGGGGGGCUUUGUUUUUAAAGCACAGCCCUUUGGGGAAACAAUGAACCAGUGAGAUCUCCAUGGGGCAUCAGGAGACUGGCAUCGUCCUCUCCGGCUCUGGAGGGCCACCAGCCAAUCCAGGCAGCCCUGCACCAGGCCGUAACCCUUUGCCCUCUCCAGAGAAGGAACUUUAUUUAUUUGCACAAUUGGGUGCCUUUUAGCAUUUGUGUAUUGAAAUGGGUAUUUUGGAAGCAGGAGUCGAGGGACAGCUUACAAAGGAUAGGUCCCCUGCCCUCAGUGCCUGGCCCUCAUUCUAGUCCCUUCCCCCCGGGAACCGGGGAGGGGCGCCAGGGUCGUUGAGGCCCCCGGUGUGGGGGAUGGGAUGGAUGCCGCGGGCCAGACUCCCGUUGGCAGUGGGCGCCCUUGUCAUUGAGGCUAAGGACGGCUGGCCCCUGGGGGUCACCCAGGACUGUGAGCUCUGAGGGACCUGGGACAUCAUCCAGCUCACAUGCCCUCACCUCCCACGUCAUAGCUGAAUGAAACCGAGGUCCGCCUCGCCAACCCGCUCUGGGUCCCGCAACCUGCCAGCAGCCGCGAUGGCACUGUGCCCUGCCCCGCUUUGGGGGGACGCCAUCUGGUCCCUCCUCCUUGCUUCCCUCCCCCCACCCAGCCUUACUCCACACCAUGUGACAAUCAUUUUGUAUGGAUAGCGGGAGCGACGCUGCAAGGUUUUGUACAUCGGUGUUUUGUUACCUAGAAAACCCACCGUGUCUCCGGGUUUCUGGCACAUUAAUAAAGGCCUCUGCUUUGUAAA